AUGAACAAGUGGUCUUUUAGACAACUUAAGGUGAAGAAUGCUUUUCUUCAUGGUGAUCUUGAAGAAGAAGUUUUUAUGAGACAACCUCAAGGUUUUGAAGAUUCUGCAUAUCCAAAUUUUGUUUGUCGAUUAAGAAAAUCUCGCUAUGGGCUAAAACAAGAACCAAGGGCUUGGAAUGCAAAAUUUAUAGGUCAUCUUCCAGCCAUUGGUUUUACUGUUUCUCAUUUUGAUCAUAGUUUCUUUGUUAAGCAUGUUGGUUUAGAUAGUGUCAUCCUUAAAGUAUAUGUUGAUGAUAUCAUCUUGACUGGUUCUAAAGAUAGUCUAGUUCAAGAAGUUAUUAAUGAAUUAAAUGUUGUGUUUGAAAUGAAAGACAUGGGACGGUUAACAUACUUCUUAGGCUUGCAGAUUUCUUAUAAUUUAAAUGGAGAUAUCUUUGUCUGUCAAACCAAAUAUGCUAAAGAUUUACUUGCCAAAGCUGAUAUGAAUACAUGUCGACCUUGUGCUACUCCAUGUAAGCCACAUUGUCAGGUUUUGGCUUCUAAGGGUGACUCUUUAUCUGAUCCAACCAUUUAUAGAAGUAUUGUUGGAGCACUGCAGUAUUUGACAUUUACUAGACCUAAUCUUUGUUAUGUUGUUAAUACAUUGGUUAAGAGAAUCUUGAGAUAUAUUCAUGGUACUUUGGAUCAUGGUCUGACUUUUACAAGUGGAUCUUGGGAUCUUCAUGCUUAUAGUGAUGCAGAUUGGGCUUCAAAUGUAAACACUCGCAGGUCAACUACGGGUUUUGUGGUGUUUCUUGGAAACAAUCCAGUAUCUUGGCAGUCUAAGAAGCCAACUUCUGUUUCUAGAAGUUCAACUGAGGCUGAGUACAGGGCAUUGGCUAAUAUAACAGCUAAUUCAGCUUGGGUUUGA